UCUCAACGCGUGAAACUAUAUAACGAGCCCUCCCCGCAAUGCCUCAAGCGUCACAAGUCUUGAUACACCAUCGUCAUCUCCCUCAUGUUUUCCUGCAGCUCGUCCCCUUGGCACUGCCAGUGGGUUGCCUUUGAUCCCACUAUCUCGCCUCCAGCUUUUCACAAUGCUCGCUACGCAGGGUGGCCCCAUCCCCCAGUGCAGCUUCCCUAUGUUACUUCAGCCUCUGUCAACAGCACGGCAUGUUGAUGUAGUAAACAAUAUCCCCUCGCAUCAUCCGCAGAUUAACGCUGCCCAUACCCGUGAGCUGUGAUUAUCUUUCUACGACUCUCUGCUCAGCUGUCGUUAGAACCCUCAAGUUAUCGUGUUCAUCCCCAACAUGAAACUAGCCCCCGCAUGAAUUUUGGGGUACAAGCAUCCGCAAAUGUAAUGGGUCUUGUCGACCAUAACAUCCCCAAUUCGCGGCCAUGGAACGGUGGCGCUCGCGCUCCAUUUCUCCAAGGUGCUGUCGAUAUGCACCCCAUGACUCGACAUGACACAGAGAACAUGUCGCUUAUAUACGACUAUUCCGCGCCACGAACAAUGCCAUCAAACGUUGACGAAGCCCAAAAGGCCUAUCCCCACCCAUUUCUCGCGACGCCAUCCGUACCACUGAUAUAUGACCCGCGAUUCCCGCCUACAUCUCUCGCUUUUCCAUCGAUGUCUCCAUACGCAGGCUGCGGGUACGAGCUGCUAUUCGUCCCACUUACCCUGGAACGGCCUAGACAGAUACGGCUCAUCAGCCCAGACUUUCCCUGGACAUUUAACAUCGGUCCUGACCCCAGUGCGGGAGAAGAGGGUGUGACGUGUCUUGACGUUCUCGCCACCCUGCACGUUGCAUUGCAGCGCCCACUCACGGAUACAGAGUGGGGCGCCGCUGGAGACGAUAAACGUGCAAGUCUUAUCAGAGCACGUGAUCGUCGCUCAAUGAUACAACCUGCAUUGCAGGGGAGCUCGGAUUCUGCAGCAUGCACCGCGCCAAUAGCGAGAUCUGUAACUGGCACUAAUGUACUAAAUAAUAGGCUCGUGCAGAGAGAGCUGCUUCUGCUCCGCGUCGAUUGGCUUGGAUCUCGUGUUGCGUUCGUAGGGCUUAUCAAGGAUGAGGCAUUUGCAAGGAGCAGACUCAUUCCGGGUGGUGGGGAGCCACCUGAGACUUGGGUGGUGAAGUUCAAGAGGUUAUGAUUCUGAAUGUUCGGAGAAAAUGUACAAACAUCUUA